UUAAAGUCAGCAAGUAACAAGUGAUUCUAAUCCCGUAGAUUAAAUUUUAAUUUUAUUUGCAUAACAAACGUUAAGUGCUUCUCAAUCAUGAAGAAACAAUUUUUCAGAGUUAAACAGUUCGCCGAUCAAACAUUUUCUAGAGCUGGCAAAACUGAAGUACUUACAGAUGAUUUACAAGCUGCAGAUAAACAUGUAGAGCAAAUUAGGAUGGCCCUUAUUGGAUUAAACAAAAGACUUGGUAAUCCAUCAAAUCAAGCUAUGACACAAGACAUUGCACUUAAGGAAAAGCGAUUGAAAAAGUGUCCAGAAUAUAUAUUAGGACAAACAAUGUUGGAAAAUGCUCCUGAAGAUGGUCUUAUGAAUUUUACUUUAUUGGAAUGUGGUCAUGCACAGAUGCAUUUAGCAAAUGAAGCAAUUGAACAUGAAGCAAAAGUUGAACAAUAUGUUGCAAUUCCUCUUCAACAUAUUUUAGAUACAGUUGUACCAAAUAUACUAAAACAUAAAAGAAAUUUGACUCGAUUAAUUUUGGACAUGGAUAGUGUUAGGACAAGAUAUCUACAAGCCAGCAAGCAUAGUGCUAGUGCAGGUGCAACGAAGAUAGAUAAUUUAAGAGAAGAAUUAGAAGAUGCAGAAGCUAAAGUUGAACAAUGUAGGGAUCAGUUAGCUGCAGAAAUGUUUCAACUUAUGUCACAAGAAACUGAAUUAGCACACACUAUUAUACAAUAUGUAAAACUUCAAAGAGCUUAUCAUGAAAGUGCUCUGCAUUGUCUUGAAGAACUUAUUCCUGGAUUAGAAAGCUACAUUAAUGAUAAUGAAAUGAAACCAGUUUAUGGUUAUCCCCUUGAAGAACAUCUUAGAGUAACUAACAGAAAAAUAGCAUUACCUAUUCAAUUAUGCGUGUCUGCAUUGCUACGAUUAGGUAUGGAAGAAGAGGGUCUUUUUAGAAUAGCUGGUGCUGCAUCGAAAUCACGACGAAUCAAAUUAAGUCUAGAUGCAUGUUGCCUCACAUUACCAACUGCUCUAGAAUAUAAAGACCCACAUGUUAUUGCUGGUGCAUUAAAAUCUUAUUUGCGAGAACUUCCUGAGCCACUUCUAACUUACAAAUUGUAUCCUGAAUGGAUGGCAGCUGCAAAGAUAACUCAAAAUGAAAUAAGAUUGAGAGCCCUUUGGGAAGUGUUACAUAAGUUACCACAAGCAAAUUUAGAAAAUUUACGGUUCCUAAUUAAAUUUUUAGCUGUACUCACAAAAAAUCAAGAUAUAAACAAAAUGUCGCCUCAAAACAUUGCAAUUGUAAUUGCACCUAAUUUAAUAUGGAGUCCACAAGAGGAUGUAAAUACAAUGGUAAUGAAUAUGAGCACAGCUAACAACUCUAGUCUUAUAGUUGAUCAACUGAUUACAUAUGCAGAUUGGUUUUUUCCUGGUGAAAUAGACUUUGAUCGUGAUUUAGAUGUCGGCAUUAUAAAUGGUUCAGAAAAUCAAAAUAUAGGUAUGCGUCGUUGCAUUUCCAAUAGCAGUCUUAGUGAUCAUGGUGAAAGUCCACCACAAGGUAGUCCUAAACCAGCAGCCCGUAGAAAAAAUAAACCUGCACCAACUCCACCAAAUAGUACUACCCCAGACAAACAUGAUAAAAAAUCUGAUGAUAAACCACCACCUGCACCUGAUAAACCACCCAGACCUUUAACAUCAGCAACUCUUAAUCGCAUAACAUGUAAAACUCAAAAACAUGAAACAGUAAAUACUGAAUCAAUCAUGAAGCACGAAAAUAAUACAGAAAAACAAGAUGGAAAUACAGAAACAGAAAUUAAACAACAGAACAUUGAAGCAAAUGCAAUUACAGAUUCUCUAUCAGGUAACUCUUCAGAAUGUACUACUGAAAUACAAGAUGAAUCACACAAUAUAAACACAGAAACUGAAAGAGGUAACCAAGAAGCCCAAAAGAAUGAGAAAAAGUUAAAUGCUCCUAUUACUUCUGAAAGAAAUACUGUAGAAAAUGCAUCAUGCAAUAAGUUUGUUAUGGAAUCAGAUAAUUCAGAAACUUCUACACAUAAAUUAAAAGUGAUACCAACAGAAAAACCACAUUGUUCUACAUUGGAAAGACGAAGACCAGUAGCUGCACCAAGAAGUAUAACUAAUAUAGUACAUAAUGCAGAAGAAACCGUAGAGUUACGUAAAAAGUCGGAUAGUAACAACCCGGUGUGUUCAAGUACACUUGAUAGAAGCAGUAAACCAGCUGUACCAGAACGACCAGCCGGAUUAGUUCGUCCCUCAAGUCUUAUCAAACAACAACCGCGUCACAGUAGUGAAAAUUUAGACACUGAAGCAGGGCCUUUAACUUUGGAAAGAGCUCAUGUAUAUUCAGUGGACAAACAACAGGUCAGUAUAAUACAAGUGCGUGGAAAUGGCAGUGUGUUCUGCACCUCGGGCAACAACAAUGGCAACGCGGCUUCGAACUUACAGAGAAGCCCCAGUGUAGGUAGUCGACCUUCAUCUAUGUCCUUGUACGGUGAACGACCAGAAAAGCCAGCCAAAUUGAAUGCUCCGGAACAAACAAAAGCUCACGUGCGAACCAGAUCAGAAGGAAAUAUUAUCGAUGUGCAAACUCAGACUGAGACGGUAAUAACUGUGAAAUCACCACAACAACCUGUUCCGGCUUCCCCGAGAUUUCAUCAGAGGCCUCCACGGCCACAACCACCGCCACCACCUCCACCUACUGCGCGAUUUAAAUUAGAACAAGAAAGUACUAAUCUCUAG